CGUGCCAUUGUAGUGACUCAUCUCGGGCAGAGCGCAGGGGUUCGGAGCGAGACAGCGAGCGGCGCUCGGCAGGGACAGAGAGAGAGAAAGGGGGAGAGAUAGAGAGAGGGAGGCGAGACGCGCGAGGCUGGCCCGUCCCGGAUCGGGCACGGGGUGCAGGUCACUGCGACGCGGAGCCACGUCCCCCGCGGCACCGCUCCGCCUGGAACCCCACGGCCGCUGUCCCACCAGCCCGAUCCGGGCCGCCCUGUCCUGAGUCAAGUGUCCGAGGCUCCGGGAAACUCAGGCGGCGAGUUGGCCACAGGAAGUUUAUUCUCGGGCUCCUGUCGAAAAGGAGGAAACAGAAGUUUCUCCCAAGCGGCAGCUUUUCUUUCUUUUUCCUUUUUUCUUUUUUUCUUUUUUUCUUUUUUUCUUUUUUUUUUUCCCCCUUUUGGCGCCCUGUGAGAUCGGGGAGGGGAGGGUCCCCCAGAGCUGCCGAGCGACCCCCGCCGGGCUGCUAGUCUUUCCGCGUUGCCCAGUUUUCUCCAGCCCGUGGGUCCCGGCCGAGCUCCGGCUGCGCGCGGGGGCGGAAGGGCGCGCGCAGGGGAGGGACCGAGGGACGCGCCGACUUUUUUAGAGGGAGGGACCCGCUGGACGACCGGUUCCGCGGAGCCUGCAGAGCAGAAGCGAAGUGCGGUGCGCGGCGAUCGGGGGCGGGGGGAUCAGUUCCCGGGUGUCGCCGCCUCCCUGUCUGCCUCGGUUGGGGGACCGUCUAGGAGCGAGGAGCGAGCGCGCAGCGGACUGUGCGCGGCGGCAGCGGCGAGGGCGGGGAAGAAAACCACCCUGUUUCCUCUCCGGCCCCUACCGCGGAUCAUGUACCAGGAUUAUCCCGGGAACUUUGACACCUCGUCCCGGGGCAGCAGCGGCUCUCCUGCGCACGCCGAGUCCUACUCCAGCGGUGGCGGCGGCCAGCAGAAGUUCCGGGUAGAUAUGCCUGGCUCGGGCGGUGCCUUCAUCCCCACCAUCAACGCCAUCACCACCAGCCAGGACCUCCAGUGGAUGGUACAGCCCACGGUGAUUACUUCCAUGUCCACUCCUUACCCACGCUCGCAUCCCUACAGCCCCCUGCCAGGCCUAGCCUCAGUCCCUGGGCACAUGGCUCUCCCCAGACCCGGCGUGAUCAAGACCAUCGGUACCACUGUGGGCCGCAGGAGAAGAGAUGAGCAGCUGUCUCCUGAAGAAGAGGAGAAGCGCCGGAUCCGGAGGGAGAGAAACAAGCUGGCUGCAGCCAAGUGUCGGAACCGUCGCCGUGAGCUGACGGAGAAGCUGCAGGCGGAGACAGAGGAGCUGGAGGAGGAGAAGUCUGGCCUGCAGAAAGAGAUUGCUGAGCUACAGAAGGAGAAGGAAAAGCUGGAGUUCAUGUUGGUGGCCCACGGCCCUGUGUGCAAAAUCAGCCCCGAGGAGCGCCGCUCUCCCCCAACCUCUGGGCUGCAGUCCUUGCGUGGCACAGGCGGCCCUGUGGUGGUGAAGCAGGAGCCUCUGGAAGAGGAUAGCCCCUCCUCCUCAGCGGGGAUGGACAAGACCCAACGUUCUGUCAUAAAGCCCAUCAGCAUCGCUGGGGGUGGCUUCUACGGCGAGGAGCCUCUGCACACUCCCAUCGUGGUGACCUCCACACCUGCCAUCACUCCGGGCACUUCAAACCUUGUCUUCACCUACCCCAGCGUCCUGGAGCAGGAAUCUCCUGCCUCGCCCUCGGAGUCCUGCUCCAAGGCUCACCGCAGAAGCAGUAGCAGCGGGGACCAGUCUUCAGACUCCUUGAACUCCCCCACACUGCUGGCCCUGUAACCCCGAGCUCCUCUGGCCUGGAGGAGUCAUCAUCGCCACACCCUUCCCAGGGACCAGCACCUUGAAGCACUCCAGGGCCAUGAGGGCAAAAGGGCCAACCCUGGCUCUGGGGAUCCAAUGGGACUCAGUGGUGAGACACUGUUUGAUCUCUUAAAAGCCCCGGGACACCCCUCUUCCUCAUUCGUCUCGCAAGCAAAUCUUCUUUCUUGAGAAGCCGCAGAGAACUUGGUUUGGUGGACCCAGACAUCUCUCCCGCUUCUGAAGCGCCCGGAGCUGGCCCAGAUGGUUCCUGUCCCUUUGUUGCUCUGUUGUCUCUGGAGUGACGGUGUCCUUUCCUGCCCCACCAAGCAUGCUCGGUGCCUUUUGGUUUCCCCUCCUUCCCCCAGUAUCGGUUUCACUCCCUGUGGGUUUUUAAUGAGAUUUGCCAUGACAUUUCAUCUGGGUGGUCCAGAUAUUAAAGCGGCUUUUCUUUCUGGAGCUGGGGAGCAGGUGACUCUUCCACCGAGACGGACAUGUCCCGAAGGGGCAGUCAAAGUGCAAUAUUAUUGAACCUUCCCUCCCUAAACACCCCAGUGCACUGCUGUCACAGGCCACCGUGGGCUCCCCGAAUUCUGCAGGUGACGCUGCCGUCACUGGGAUGCGCCAAGGACCUUUUGCCCCCCAGUCUCGGAGAUGCCCAUCUCUUUGAGGAUCGGCUUGGCCAGAAGAUGGGGUGUGAGUGCGACAACCAGGGCAUGGGCUGGGUUUGCCAAACGCCUAAUUACCAAGGCAGGAUUGGUGCCAACAAAGCCACAUGGCUCUCCCAGUGAGCCUCCCUUCACCUGGUGUCUUGAGCUGGGCGUCUCUUGUAAUUACUGCCUCGCCGUUCUGCCUGCCCCUGGACCCUUCUCUCCAGACCUGGGUGGCACCCCUUCCUGGAAUCCACACAUCACUCCAAGGCCCUGCUGGGUUCUGCCCGUCCCCAACUCUCAUGGUGACACCGUGGAUAUUUAAUGAGCAUGGGAUAUGGGGGGGAGGGGUUGCAGGAAGCUGUGGUAGGGAUGGUUUUGGCAAUGGAGGUGACCACAGGUACCUAGCUUCCCCUGGCUGCUGCUUGAUCAGUGAGGUUCAGGAGCACCCCCACCCCUCUCCGUGGUCUCUGCCACUGAUGAAUCGAGUGCUUUUCCUUCCAUGAUCCCCUGGGACCACUCCAGAGUGACCUCCUGACCCAGCAGGCCAGUCUGGAGUCAUUGGUCUCAGCCAGUCCUGCUAGGGCUUGGAGUGUCUAUGCCAUUGCUUUCAAAGCUAGUGUGUGUCCCUUCCCACCGCAAAAGAACCAUCCUUCUCACGGGUGUCUUGGCCUCUAGCAAGGGCACAGCCUUGCCCCCACCUCCUGUCCCUUCCUCCCCACUGCAUGUUGACACAGGCUCGGGAAGUGGCGUCUGGUCAGAACUGGUUUCUAGCACUUCUGCUCUAGGUCCUUGCCCACCUGCCUAAAACCAUGUUACCUGGAUCAAAGCCCAAUGGUAACAGUCUGGCUUUUGAAAGAAAGGAUAGUAGCUUCAUAGACCUCUGCCCUUCUCAGCCCAAGUUCACAUGUGCUGGCCACGUGUAAUCCCAUACCCAGUUACAUGCGUGCAGAACAUGCAGGACACAGGACACAGGAGCCAUGUGAGAAGCAUUUGUAGCCCAGCAGAACUGAAAGGAGCAGGGCUUGGCUAGAGGGAUGGAAGGAGAACGGUAUGCUCUUUCCUGUAUGCCUUGGCGCUUACUCUGCCAUUCUCGUCUCCCAGAGCCUCUGGGAGGAGACUGAACAGGUGGCUUCCUGGCCUCAGAGCCCUGCUAGAAGCAGAAGGCAGCCGAGCCAGGAGUAGAGGAUCUGGGUAACUACCCUGGGAGAUCUCAGCUGAGAAGCUGAAUCAUCUCAAGCCAAGUGGGAGCGCCUUUCCUCUUGCUUAUAGGUAUUUCUGAAAUGAAGCUGCUUCCUGUUCUUUUAUUUCCCAAAACCCCUUUCUGCUUAUAGCAUGGAUCCCAACCCAGAUCACAGGCCUUUGACUUGGUGUCCCGGUUGGACACUCCUAAGACCCCCAAGUCUGGCUUCUGGUUCAGAUUUCAAGCUGUGUUGACAUCAGUGCCAGAAAGCAUGGCCAGCUAACCCGGAUCUCUGAGGUCAUCUUCCUUUCUGACCUGCUUGCUUUGUCCUACAAGAUUUCUUGGCUUGUCCAAAACAGAGAUUUCGGGGUGGGGAUCGGGGGAAGGAGGGGAUGGGAGCUGAAUAUUUACACCUAAGCUGUGGGUAUAACCUCGGUUCGCUUCCGUCUGGCUCGCUGUCCAAGUUCAGUCACAUACACAUCGCUCACACAAGUGCUCCAGAAUCAGGCGCCUGGCUUGCUGGCCUUCCUCCCUGUCUCCAGUUCAGGGAGCAGCUGCAGUGAGGGUGGGGCUGGAGGGAGGUGUUUUGUGCUCAGGCAAGGCACUGUAUCUCCCACGUGUGUCCUCAGCUGUCCUGGACUUGGGCUGGACUGUGAGCAGCCCUGGGUUGGUUAUACGGCAGGCACUACUUAAUCGGCAGGCAUGAAACACGGCCUUCAUGGCCGCCAGGCCUCUGUGGGAGCAGCCCUUCCCCCUGGUUAGCUGUGGCACAGGAAAGAGCGUGGAGCCCAGGUGAGGCUCGGGUUGUUGCCUGGAGCUAACACCAAGCAGCUGGUUCCCCAGGGAGGUUUUCGGGAAGUCAAGACUGCUGCUUUCAUAGGCUAAGCAUGCCCAUGGUGGUCAGUCAUGGGAGCAUUUCCAAGUGAACAGUAAGCAGAGGCUGGUGCUUCCUCAGGAGAGAAAACCCUGUCUGCUUCGCUUAACGCCAAGAAGAGGGACAGACUAUCUGAAGCACCUGGGUUCAUUUGUUCCCAUUUUUCCAAGAGACUGAAAGUGUUCCUUGAGAUGUUCCACUAUUUAUCUUUCACAGUGACUUCCUUCCCUGGGAAGACAUUCAUGUGGCCUCUUCUAGGAAGGAAAAGAAGCACCUACUUCGUGCCGGGCUCUCUGAGGCACUUUUAUAUUUAUCCUCUUUUAAGAUGGGACUAAGGGUUCAUCUCCUAGAAGGCUCCAAGUAAUGGCUAAACAAAACCACUAAGGGACAAGAGGGCUUUCUUCAAAGACCCCAGGUGGGAAUGCCUUCAAUCUGGAGGUCCUCAAAGACUCAUGCCCUGCAGCAUCUGCCCCCCCCAGGCUCCUCCCCACUCAGACUCCUCCCACCCGGCCUGUGCUCCUCAGGUGGCUGAACCGGCAACCUGAGUUCUCCUAGAGUCUGUGGACCAGUAAGAUAUGUAGUGUGUGUGUGUGUGUGUGUGUGUGUGUGUGUGGUCUUCUUUUUAAAACGUAAGUAAAAAGGUCUUGCGGCAUUCUGCUUGAGUCAUCUUGGUGUUCAUCUUCAAGCCAGCAUCUCACUAUUUAUUGGCAGAGGCGUGUGUGUGUGUGUGUGUGUGUGUGUGUGUGUGUGUGUUUAUGCUAGUGUUCUCCUGCAGCUUUUUUUUUUUUUUAAGGAAACCAAUCAUGCCACUGCCUAAGUUGGCAUUUUCUCAUGCUUCUAGUGUUUUGGCCAUGCCUCACUAAAAUGUCUGUACUGACUCAGUGCUGACAUCAUGUUCAGGGAGGAGCUGGGUCAGAUUUUGACAGAGGGUAUGGGAAGAGAGAGGGGAGAAGAAAUUGACAUUUAUUUUAUUAUUUAUUUUAAAUGUUUACAUCUUCUUUGUGUUGUUCCAAGCCUGAAUAGAAACAGAUAGCAUUAAAGUACUCAGUUCCUCCCCCCACCCCACACCCUGCUCUCUCUACCCCCUUUUUUCUAACUUAGGAUAACGAUGCUGUAUUUUGUUUGUUUGUUUCUAAAGUGAUUUGUGGACUUGUGCUGUAUAAACUGUAUUAAAAGGUUCUGUUUUUAAAGAUAAAUUGUCAUUCCUCUGGGGACAGUGGCUGCUAAGAAAUCUACAUUGUAAGAGAACACAAUGAAAGACCCUGGCCCUGUCUCUCAAAACUUAACUUUCUCUGUAUGAUUUAAAAAAAAAAAAAAUUUCCAUUUAUUUUACUUUGUGGUUACUUGAUUUUGAGGAAGAAAAUAUUCAACUUUGUACAAAGACUAGGUAUCAGGGUUUCUUUGGCAGUGGGAAGUGUAUAUAUCGUGUUUUGGUAUAUAGUAGAAACUCAAGCUUUGUGCAUCUGUGUUUGGGAUAUGACAAUGACGUGGAGUGAAAUCUGCUAUUAGACCCUGGAGACAAAUGAGUUGUAACAAGGUGGAAUUUUAAUUACCUUUGUGGGCACCUUUUGUCCCCUCUUUUUAAAGUAAUGGUGAUAGGGCCCUAUUGGAGGGUCUCCAGGCCAGGACCACAUGCUCAAAAAUCUUUGUAUAGUUUUAAAUUUUUGAGGAGUAUCUCCGCUCGGAAGCAUCUCUGGUGGUGUGUGUUGUGUCGUUCUGUGUACUGUAUGUGACACAAGCCUACAGUAUUUGCACUAAGAAAAGCUUGUUAGGAGCUCGCUGCUAUGGAGGAAAGAACAUAUUAAUACCUGUUUUCCCUCGGGGUUUGUUUUUGUCUUACGUUCUUGUUGUUGUUAGCUUUCCCACUUUCCACUGAGUAGCAUUUUGUAGAAUAAAAUGAAUUAAGAUCAAA